CGUCUCUUGUGGCCUAUUCAUGCUAAACUUCAUGGAGUACUGGACAGGAGAUACACUAUCUGAUAGUGUGACUCAGGAAAGAAUGGAUUCGGAGCUCUAAGCCUCAACCGAUUAGCUUAAGUCUAAAAAAGGUUCAGGAAAUAAUUGAUGUGCAAAAGCCUAUGGACAAGGAUUGUUUCAACAUGGGUGUGAGGAUGUUCGCUUGCGACGAGAUCAACUUGUUAAUGGAUAACCAAUAUCACUACAUGGACCUUCAGUUCUGGUUGUUGUGUGACUUCGGACGACAUCCGAAAUAUAAAAGGAAGAUUGAUGUCCAGUUGUUGGCAAAAACGUUUGAUAUGUGGCCUGGGAUGGACUACAAUAUUUUACAGUGCAAAUUGAUUCUAUUGCCGACAUGUCAGCACGGACAUUUCAUACUAUUUGCAUUCGACAUGGUGGCUAGAAGUGUAUCGAUAUUGGACCCACUGCCUAUACCGGAUUGGUUUAAAGGACAUGAACCUAUAUGCUUCUAUCUGUUGAAAACUCUCAAAAUUUCCAAUAAAUUGAAUCUAGCUCUGGAAGUAGCAAACCCCUUGUGGAUUGACGACAUAUGUGAUUGGCGUCGUAUACUACCAAUUUGUGUUCCAAAGACAAAAGAUUGGUUUGACUCGGGGUUUUUUGUUAUUAACUUCAUACACGCAUGGAAUGGUAAACAACUGCAGCCACCGAUUUGCACUGAUGUGCACGAACUAAGGAAGAAGUUUCUGGUUGACUUGCUGAAAUACAAUGGGAAUGAAUCUAAAGAUAACAUCCCUGAAUUACCGUUCUUGAUAUUGCCUGCAACCCUGGGCCACGGCUCUAUAUACAGAGACAUGGCUCAAGGCGUGAGGAAGGAGGAGAUUAGGGUGGAGGUGGAGGACGCGAGGUACCUCGCCAUCCGCACCGAGCUGGAUGAGGGCGAUGGCCGCUGGAGGAGCUUCAGCAGAAAGUUCCGGCUGCCAGGGAUGGUGGACGUCGAUGGCAUCUUAGCGGAGUACACCCAGGGCAUGCUGACCGUGACGGUUCCAAGGAUGCACACGCUGGCCUGGCCCGUCGUCGACCUCGUCGGCCCUGGCCUGGCCCGUGACUCUGUGGCACGGGCUGCCUGA